AUGAUCGUUGAAGACGACUCGGCUAAGGACAACCAUCAUCGUAACACACGAAAUGUCACCAUGGACGUGGUUGGUCGUUCUUUCGAAUCAUUGGAUGAAAUUACUUUACAAUCUCCUCAAAAUGAUGAACAAGCAGAUGAUUUAAAUUCGAACCAUGAUAUACAACAACAAGUCAACAACAAUCCGUAUGAUUGGAAUUAUUUCAAAAAUCGUUUAAAAAUCAUGGGAAUUUCAUUAUUGUUUUUUCUAAUUGUGAAUGUUCUCUUGUUAAUGGUAUUAUAUUUUUCAAUACCUCGAUGCAUUGUUUUGGGAUUUGACUUGCAUUUGGAUACUUUGAUUUGGUAUUUUUGUUUAUUAAUUGAAGGAUUUUUCUAUGUUUCGAAUGUGACUGAAGAGAGAUGUUUACGAAAAUUAAGACAACAAAUUUCUUCUUGUUGUUCAGAAGAAGAGCAAGAACAGGAAUGUGCUCCUUCACCUCCUUCAUUCCAACAAGUUCAUCAUGAACUGAAACAUUUCACAAUGAUGGAAAUGACUCUCCGUGAUUACAUGAAACACUUUUUUCAACAAUUAUUCAAAGCAUUUCGAAUGAAAGAUUUUUCACAAUUUUCAGAUUAUUACUUGCAAGAUCGAGAGGGAACUAUUAAGGAGCUCUUGAAUUUACUUUCACCUAGAUGUUUCAAAUUAUUGGAAGACUCUUCCAAGAAUGGAAUUUCGACAAGUUUUGGUUCAAAUUUAUUUAUCUACUUUCCAUUGUUUUUAGUGUCGAUUGUGCAUUGUUUGGAAACAAACACUCAAUCGACUUUGUUUGAAUAUUUGCUUUGUAAUGGAUUAUUUGGAGUUGCUUUUUACAUUGGUUUACAAUUUACCUAUUUAGACAAAAUAGAGCCACUUCAAAAAUUUGGCGACACUAUUGUCAACUCGACCCGAUGGAAAGAAAUAGCAUUUUGGGAAUGGAUUGGAUUAAUUAUGACUGGAUUAGCUGUUAUUACUCUCAUUCUAUUACAAUUAUUCAUGUUUUUCACACAACUCGGACCACAUAUUUUACUAAGUUUUAUCAUUGGAUAUUUGCUAGUAGUGACAAUACUCGCCAUACUCUAUCUUUCUCAUUUCAGAAAAACUCACUACCUCCACAUGCAUCAUUAUUUUCUCGUUGCUCUACUCAUUCCAAUGUUGAGAAUUCGAAAUGUUUUUCUAAUUGGCGUCAUUGCUUGUGGUAUUUGUUUGGGAGUGUAUUGUGAAGGAAUUACACGUUGGGGUAUGCACGGAGUGUUCAUUAGGAAGAGAACUUGA